AUGGUUUAUGGCCACAAGAGGAGUGCUGAAGCUACCAACUUCCUAAACAAUCUGGCAACAAAGCAAGGAGAGAAACAGCCUGAUAAACCAUGCAUCAUGCUGCCCACAUGUUUAUCCCAGAAAAAUGCAUAUGAAGAAUAUGUCAAGGAACACGAUAAACCAUUCUGCUAUAGACAUUUCCAGAGGGUUUGGAAAGAGAGAUAUCCAGAGAUGAAGGCAUCUGAGAGAACCACAUUCACGGAAUGUAAAGAAUGUGCCAUGAUAAAGCAGUUGAAAACCCAAAAGCUCACCAAAGAACAGCUUGUUGUUCUUGAGAAGCAGAAAAAAGCUCACUUGCUAGUUGCCCGAAUUGCAAGGGAAAAGUACUACAAACAUGCUAAGAAAGCAGUGGAAAACAAGAAGAAAUAUAUCUCGAUCAUCAUCGACAAUAUGGACCAGUCGAAGACAAAUCUGCCACGUUUUCCAACCUACCAUAAGGGAGAUGCAAAUUUGACACGACUACACCACCAUGUCACUGGCGUACUAGCGCAUGGGCAAAAGAAGUCCUAUAUAUUUACAUGGACAGACAAAUUUGGGAUGGACUGUAACAUCACCAUCAAUUGUCUCCUUGAGGUCCUGAAUGAUAUUUCAGAGGAAAAUUCCCUCCCACCUACUUUAUACAUACAAGCAGACAAUUCUGCAAAGGAUAAUAAGAAUUUCAUCUUAAUGGGGUUCCUGGCCAAUUUGGUGCAGAGGAAAAUUUUCAAGAAGAUUAAGCUGUCUUUCCUAAUGGUUGGUCAUACACAUGAGGAUGUGGACCAGAUGUUUUCAAGACUGUCCGUCCACUUAUCUGGGAAGUCCAUCCCUACACUUCCUGUGCUCCAGAGUCUGAUGAAGGAUGCAUAUCAUCCUAUACCGAUGAUUAUGCAUCUGAAUGGGCUCUGGGACUACAGGAAGUUGGGAAUGGCAUCCCCAGUCUCGCUUACUGGCCACAGCAGUCCACACAUAUUUAGAUUUAAGGAGGACCAUGGGAAAGUUCUGAUGGGGUAUAAGGAAUGGCCUUAUAAAGCUGCUGAAUACAAAACAGUAGACGUAACCCAACUGGCUGAAGCGUAUAACCUGGACCCGGAACAACUUCAUUUAGUAGCAGAGAAGGGGUCCAGGGCUUUUGACUUGAUGAUGACAGACCUUAGAAAAUGGCAGGCAGGAGGGAAGUUAAGCGACGAACACAUCAGUUGGUGGAAGGAACAUUUAAGGUCGGAAAAGAUCAUGAACAUCCCCUGUACCCCCAAGGCUUCUUCUUUCAAUCCUUAUCAAGUUCCUCCAGAAGAUGGAGAUUUCUAUUCAACAAUGACAGUUUUGGGCCAGCAUGUCUCCAACCUUUCAAAGGAAUCUGUUGUCAGAGUUGUGAAAAGAAAAACCAGAUAGGGUGCCAGUGUUACCAAGAUGGGCGAAAAGGACAAACAUAAUUUCUGUCUUCUAAUUAAGAUAUUUGUGAUAUAUUUUGUAUUUGAUACACAUAUAUUAUGCUUUGGCAUUGGCAUUUUGAAGCAAAGGGAAAUUAACAUUAGACAUUGCUUAGUCAUUUGAAAUUAAAUGUGAUUUUCAUUAUUGUUAUUACACACUGAUAAAUUCCUUUCUAUAACUAUUUAACAUUUUUGUUCAUUUACCUCUUUAGUUUUCUAUAGAUUAGAUAUAAUAUUAUCUGUCCGUGCUUUUUUCUCUGUACUUGCAGAUAUUUAUUUUAUAUAUGGUAUGUUGCUUUGCCAUAACAAGUUACAGAUAAAGUUUGAUAUUCGUCUUGGUCCGUUGAUUUAUUUCACAUAGUUAUGGCCCUUGGACUUAGAAAAAUAGCAUGAAUUAUCCGUUUUCCAGACUUGUUUUGGCUGUGCUUGUAGAUAUUCAUUUGAUAUUUGGUACAUUCCUUUGCCAUCAUAUCAAGUUACAGAUCGAGUUCGAAUUUCAUCUCAGUCCCUUGUUUUUUCAUUAAGCUAUGGCUCUUGGACUUAGAAAAAUAGCAUGAAUUGUUUGUUUACAUCAAAGUUUCUUAUCUCUGUAGAUAAGAGUAGUACACUCAUUAAAACUUUUAGCAAAGUAAUACAACAAUAUAGCAACAUUAUUCAUGAUCACCUACAUGUCACAGUUUAUUGACUUGGUUAAAGAUUUAAACCUAAUUAUAAUUUUCUCCUUUUUUCCUGGUCUAGUCUCUACUGGAAUAGUAGUUGAUUUUCAACCAUUCCUAUCCUGGUUCCCCAAUUUUCCAUUUUACCAUAACUUACAUAAUGAACUUUGAAUGUUGUGGUACAUAUUUUGAAAAUAUGAGAGUACAUGUAUUCAUACAGGAGUUUUAAUUGUCAGAAAAAGGGAGCACACAAAUUUUUAAUGUAUUUCUUUGUACUUUUUGACAUGUAUAUUAGUGCUUUCCAAAGCUAUAUUGUUAUUUAUAUGAUUUAUUUUCUAAACCAAUUCAUAUGAUGGUGUUUUGAAGCUGAAAUGUAAUGAACCAUUUUUUAACUCUUUCAGCAACAACACUUGCUAUUUUCAAUUGAUAUUUCUUGUUAUGAAAAUAGAUAGAUUAAAUACAUGUCUCUUCGUUGGAAUAAUGAAUGUGUAGGAUUUGUAUAUUAUUUCAGGACUGAGGUCAAAGUGAUUAUUUCUAAGCUCUUUAAUUAUUUCAUGACAACAUUCCCUUUUUGUCAAACAUUGUGAUUUGAAAAUUUUACAAGUCCAUCUAGUCACUAAAUAUAGUUUCUAAGUUAACAGCAUUUGCUACAAACCAUUGCUGUUGUAAAAAAAAUUAUGAAGGUGAAAACUACACAUUAUUAUUUUUAUAAUUGAUAUGAAUACGGUAUGGAAUGUAACCUAUCCCCAUGAUUUCUCAUUGUAAUUGAAAUCCAAAAAUUUGGGAGAAAUUUAUAUAGUUAUAUUAGGGGAGGGGUAAUAAAUUUCAACUUUUAAACAUCAUAGAAAAUUUACAAGUCUCUUCAUAAUUUUCUUCAGGAAUUUCAGUAAACUAAGCCAUAAAAUAAACAAACAUACGCAGCCAUUUCUUAUCAAGUGUCCUUAUUAGUCAAUGAGACAUUUUAGAAACUUUGCAUGAAUUGAUAACUAUUAAAAAAUGUAUAUAUGCUACAGAUGAUGUAAACCACUGGGUUAGCAUAUGUAUGCAUUCAUGUAAUAAAUUGAAAGUUUUAUAAAUUCAA